AUGUCAAGGUUCCUUCAGGUUUCUUCUUUUUUCGAGGAUGAGGGUGAGAGCCCCGUCGAGUCUGAUGAAAUAAAAGUCCAAACUUGGAGCAACCAACACUACAGGAACGAACCUGUGGUUGUUGUUGCUGCUCCACGGUUGCAAAAGUAUUCUAGUUUUCAUGAACAGAGUGGGGAGCCGCCUCUGCUUUUGCCCAUUCGAAGCUUGAAAUCUCGCUUAUCCGAAGAAGAUAUUGAUGUUCAAUCUCUGAACAUGUUAAUGAGUUCUAAAAGGUUUUCAAGCAAUUCAAAUAGAAAUGCAGAAGUUGAAGCUGAUGUUGUUGAUACAGAUGUUCAAUCUCUAAAUAGGUCAACAAUUUCUCAAGGAUUUUCAAGAAAUUCCAAUAGAAAAGCUGAAGUUAUAAUGUUGUCUUCAAACACUUAUGUUAUAAUGUUGUCUUCAAACGCAGAGGAUUCGGUGAGGAAGAAGGGCUUCUACAAGUCUUGUCCUCCACCACCUCCGCCACCGCCACCAACAAUGUUUAAGAAAUCAGUGUUCAUGAAACCAAGGUUCGAUGGUUCAUCCAACGAAGCACCUUCCUUCAAUAAGGAGUUGAAGAGAAGCUUCACAAGUGAGAGAACCACACCAGUGGGAAAGAAAAGUCAUGAAGAAAAUAAAUCCAAGCAAGGCACAUUGUUUAGAAAUAACAAGUUCAUGGGGCAUGCAAGCGUGCCUCUUGUGUCACAACCAGCUGAGAAAGAAAGCCUUCUUGUGGAAUCUAACGAUGAUGACGACGAUGAUGACACAGAAACCGAGGACCAAGACGUUGAAGGAGGAAGAACCGUUGCUUAG